AUGUCCUCCACACAACCAUCGGCCGGGCUAGCAAGCAAGUUACGCGAGAUAUAUCGUGGAUUGAUCGUUCGGACUAUCUUUAUUACUGUUCCUGGAAUUGGGACUCCUCCUUUGGAGAAAUGGAGCAACGGUGAUGGCGGCAUAUGGCUCACAUCAAUCCCUCCAACUUCGGCGCCUGACAUUGCCGUGUACAGCUUUGAACAUGGACUUAGACCGGAUGAGGACUUUUCAUGGCAGUCGUUGUUUGACCAGGGAGCGGAAUUACUGGAUGUUCUGAUCAAAUUGGGAGAUGUCGUUGAGACGUCGAAUUGCCCCAUUAUUUUGAUUUCACAUAGUCUGGGAGGAAUUAUUGUAAAAGAGGCAAUGAACCUCCUUCAUCAACAAGCAACAGACUUCCGCCCUCUAUGGCGCUCUAUAGCCGGCGCAAUCUUUCUAGGCACACCACACACUCAAUCAAAUGACCCUAUCAAUUGGCAAAAUGCUGGUGCAAUUCUACGACUACAUUCAAAAUCUAAAAAUACCCGAAUACCUCCUACAGCAGAGAUUGCAAAAAGAUUGGCAAAAAUCUCGUUAUCGUUUGAGCAGGCUUUCGACCUCAUUCCGGUUCUCUCUGCGUACGAAACAAAGCAGACAAGAAUUGGAGGAUUCUUGUCUAACAAGUCUGUCCUUGUUGGGCCUGAACUAGCGACAACCAACGUUCGAUUUGAAACCCAAGUAGCCGUGGAUGCUGAUCACGACAAGAUCAGCUGUCUGAAAGUCGGAAGUCCUGAACUUAAUUCAAUCUGUAGAUUUCUUGAUGAGACUAUUCGUCAAGCUCUUGUCCGUAUUCGGAUACCUUCUGAUGAUUAUGUUAUACCAGCGGCACUGGACCAACAGACCGUUGUAGAUGAUGAAAAUGAAUUUGAAGAUAUCAGCAAAGACGCCACCGGUGGUUCAACAUCCCUUGGAUUCGAUAUUAUUCCACUGGUCUCAGACUUCUCGGUUGAAAAAAACGACCCGAUCUUGCCUUGCUACAUCAUGCCUCCUCAUCCGCGUAACCGCGCAUUCUUCGGACGCACUGAAGUUCUUCGCGAGAUUCGUGAGCGACUCCUGCCAAAAGGUGGCGACAAGACAAAUGAUAUCGAAGUUGACGACGACGGGUACGAAAUUGAACCAACACCGUCCAUGUUUGCUCUCUGUGGACCGGGAGGAAUCGGCAAGACUCAGGUUGCGACAGAGUUUACAUACACAUCUAAGGACACCUUUGAUGCAAUUUUCUGGGUCCAAGCAGACGAGUACUCAAAGCUGUCACAGGGCUAUACCAAUAUUGCCACAAAACUAGGCCUUGUCCUUGAGGAUUCGGUAGAUGCCCGGGACCCUGUUGUUGUGCAAGAUCUAGUCAAAGGUUGGCUUGUGAAUCCGGUCAAGACAUACAAACAACAGGAAGAUCAGUCAUCUGCUGAUGAGUCGGUGCUUGCAAAGUGGCUUCUUGUCUUUGAUAAUGUUGACGACCCAGACAUUUUGGAUGACUUCUGGCCGCUUGAUUACACAGGUACCGGCGCUGUCUUGAUUACAAGUAGAGAUCCCCUCGCUAAAAGAUAUAUUUAUUCCGAGGACGAGCCAGGAAUUACUCUCCCUCCUUUCACGACUAAGGAAGCGACUGAGUUUCUACUCAAGCUUACCCAUCGAGAAUCAGAGAGCAAAAGUGAGUCAAUUGCCGGCAACGCUGUCGCGGAGAGAUUGGGUGGGUUGCCGCUUGCCCUUACGCAAAUGGCAGGUGUUAUAGAGCGCCGGGACCUGUCCUUUGCGGAGUUCCUGCGCAUCUUCAAUGAAGAAGAAGACGUACGGUCAAGGUUCUUCAAGAUGCAAGUCAAUAAUAGAAGUAUGCGAAGCAGUCGAUAUCAGCAUACUUUAGACACCGUCUGGGCACUAGAAAAGUUGAACAAGGAUAGCUCCAUCUUAUUAGAUGUCUUGUCUGUGCUCGACCCGGAUGGUAUUCCAGAGCAGAUUCUCACCGGCUCAUUGUCUCAAUUAGAUGAGGCAAACAUUAUAGCCGACUAUCCACGAACCUUAGAGGGAUACCAAGAUGCUCGCACCGAACUGCUACGAUCAUCACUCAUUGCGCGUGACCGCGGUGCAAACAGGAUUACAAUCCAUCGACUUGUUCAAGAUGGAGCUCGCGCCAAGAUGACUGAUACAAGGUUUGAAGAAGUUUUUGCGUUGACGUCAAAGCUUCUAUAUGCUGCAUGGCCCUUCGAAGACUUCAGUUUCGGACACAAUAUAAAUCGAUGGACGAAAUGUGCAGAACUUUUCCCUCAUGUUGUGCAACUACAUGGAUUGUCUGCAAGAUGGAAGAACAUGUUUGCUGCUAAAAAGCCUGUGUCGGAAACGGACGUGCAAUUUCCCAAGCUCUUAGUUGAUAUUGGACGGUUCAAUCACCAACGAGGAAAUUCCAACGAAUCUACCAGAUAUUUGGAGACAGCCAUGGAGGUCUAUGAGUCUCUAAGAAUCCGGAGCAAAGAUGGCCCUCAGAACGAGUAUAUCAACGAGACGAUCAAAAAGAUGGUUGCAGAAAUCCAUCACGAUCUAGGCUGCAUUGCUACCGAAACAAACCAACCUCUUGCUGCCCUCGAUCAUUUCACAGCCUUCAACAAAGCCAUGAUUGAAUUCGCCGAUGGUAAACCUCAGACAAAAGACAUGAGUCUAGCGGUAUCAUGGAACGAACUAGGCAAUGCAUACAUGAUGAACGAAGAAUGGAACAAUGCGGCAGAUUGUUUCCUAAGAUCAAUGGAGAUACUGCACCAGCUUGAAAGUUUCAAGAAAGUGGAUUUAUCGUUUCCACAGAUCAAUUUGGGGUUCUCGUAUUGGCUACAAGGGAGAUUGGAUGAGGCAGACCAAAUACUGUCUGAUAUUUUGGCCGCGAGAGAGGAAGCAUACGGCAUCAAUGACCGGGAGUCUUUCAUGACCGGUAAACUCCUGCAUGCUUAUGGUAACGUAAAGGCAUCUCAGGGCAAGCUCAGCGAAAGUUUUGAGUAUCAUCUGCGCGGGUUGCAGCAGUAUAAGUCCACCAUUGGAGGCAAUCAUCACCGUACCGGUGAUCUGUGUGUCAAAGUGUCAGACCACUAUGGUCGACUAGGGCAACAUGACACUGCAAUGGCACUUCUCGAUCAAGCCUUGAAAAUCUACGGGGAUCGUGAGUAUUAUGGCCCCGAGAAGGCUCGAGCCUUACAUAAAAAGGGGAAACUACUGGACACUUUGGGUAAAAGUGAUGAAAGUAAUACUUAUAUUUUAAAGGCACAAAGUUUGUACCGCAAGUUGGAGGACAAGGAGGAUACACAUAUUGCUACGGAUGCAGACUUUGAUGAUCUCAUUGUUUUCUGGUCAAAAUGA